AUGGCUUCCACAAAUUCAAAAUUAAACGGGAACCAUGCGUCUAGUUCUCCGGAUGGCGCCCUUGACUCCGUUGAUGAGGGCACAAAUCUAGUUGUACUCGACGCCCGUGUGCAUAGUCUGCCCGUAAUAGGGCCAGAUGCAUUAAUCACAAUUCUCGUCAGACACCGAGGGAAAUUCACCCACGCCUUGCUUGAGCCAGGGUUAGUGGAUUCCGCCAGUCUCGAUGCAGCUCGACAAGUCACAGCCGAAUCACUCGUCCGGAUAUCAGGCGUUGAAACAACCAGUGACGAAUCUAAAAGAAACGACGAAUUCAUUCCAACGCUCCGAGUUGCCAAUUUUCUCGUGAUUUCAGCAGCUAAGUCUUCUAUCCCUGCAUACAGGCAAUGGCAUAGGGCUCCCGGCGACACGCCCCCGGAGAAAGAGAAGCGUGACGCCUUGAUAGAUGAGCGACUAGAUAAUAGACUACUGGAUGCGAGAGUCGCGUCUACGGCUGCCAUUUUCAAAAUCUUCUCCGGAAUUCACGAACUAGCCGUCGCGUUCUUGGCGGACCGAGACUUCAUCCACAUUCCAACCCCUUCGUUAAUCGGCUACGGAUUUCCUGGGGAAGAUGACGACUUGUUUUCGCUUCCGUACUUUGAUGAGGUGGCUAGGUUGGCACCGACGGGAGAGAUACACCUGGGCAUGGCGCUUUCUGCGGAUCUUGAGCGCGUCUAUGAUAUCCAUCCCGUCUUCCGUAGAGAGCCUGCAUCCGAUGGCAGACACUUGACCGAGUUUACCAUGCUUGAGCUGGUAUUCAAUCUCAAGAAUAGUUGGAUUGAAAUCCUCGAACUCGCCAAUGACCUGAUCAUCUCCAUUAUACGGUCUUUGCAGGAGCACGAGAAGAAGAAGCAGCUCUUGGAAGAAGAGGACGACGAUACAUCGCAGUCCUUCGACGUGAUCCUGCGUGGACAAGAGGUUGUGACGGGAUGCCGGCUAUUACAUGCUCACGAGGACCUGUGCUUGGCCUAUGCGACACGUGCGCAUCCAAUUGAUCCGGAAUCAAAGGAAUGGCGCCCGUACAUGUUCGCUCAUGAGAUUGGGAUGCCUCCAUGGGGAGGUUUUGGAUCUCAGCAGCCGAAUCUGUGGCCUCAAAAUAGCGCCACCGUAAGCCUUGGUUUCCAUUUCCAAAAACUCGCCCGUGACAUCACUCUGUAUAGUGACCGCACCACCCGCCCCAAUCUUCCAACAAUCGUUCGGACCGUUUCGAAAUGUCGUUCGGAUCACGACGGAAAAGUCUCCACCCCCGCCAACAUCCAUGUAUCCCAGAACACCCGAGUAUACGCCCCGCGGCCGCUUCUCAAGGUCUCGCAGCACCUCGCAUGA